AUGGAGAUGUUUGAUUUCCAGCUGAAGGUCCCUAAUGUUCAUCUACUACCAGAGUCCACCGACCAGGCUGAAGCGCCGUCGAUAGUGGGGUGUGUGUCGAUGGCGAUUCCAACAUCAGAUCUACCGGGUUUGUCUGGUAGCCUACCCCGGAUCGCAGUCAGCUUGGUGCGAUGCGUCAAGAUAGAAGAAUUCAAUUCGACAACCACAAGGCACAGGGAGACCAAGCCGCGGAAAAUACGACUUUGGAAAGAAUCGCCUCCCAGGGGACAAACAACACCCGUCAUGCGUCAAACAUGGCGAGCUCACCGCCAGGCCAUCGCUCGCAAUGACAUCUGUCACGCACCGGAUGAGAUAGAUUGUCAUGGCGGCGAAGGCCGAACGUGGCUAAGAUUCAUCUUCCACAUCCCUAUUCCGGCCAAUCUUCCCCCAACCAUAGACAGUGUCGGCGGAAGCAUAUCAUACACCGUCGAGGCUACAGUAUCAACCCCUGCCCCCGGGGCAGAGCAACCGCAACUGCAGGCAUCUCAACCCAUCGACAUGGUGCACUGUGCAAUACCGCGCACGAUAACUCACCUGCGGCGCUACCCGGGUGAUUCUGUCACCACGCAGCUAGACAUCACUCCACUGUCCACGGAGAAAGGGAUAACAUACGCUCUUCACUGGCUAGCCCGGUCGACUGUCUCGCGUGGCGAACGGGCAUCGGAUCUUAAAUAUAUCAUCGCGAAAGAGUUGCAUUGGUCGAUCGAGGAAACUGUCAAGUGCGUCGGCAUUAAUCGUCAAACGAGGACUUGCCUACACCAGUACACUCGCCGAUUAUCCGAGGGGCGGCUUAAAGGCCGGUGGGUCGCGCCGGGUGGAUCGCAAGAUGGGAAAGAUUCUAUCAAAAUCCCCUUCGAAGUCAGUGUACCUCGAGGUAUCGGUGUGUCGGAUACUACCACCAGCUUGGCUUCCUACCAACGCCAUCAUUCAACACCGGACCUCGAAAGUGAGGAGGAACAAUUGGCAGUUACGGUGGAUCAUCGGUUGAACUUAGAGGUUGUGACGGGGGAGGAUACCUUUCACCAGGGAACAGGCGACCUGUUGGAUCGUCGCUACCCAGUAAAGUCCUUUAAAGCAACCUUUCCCCUCUUGGUUCGGCAAAAUGUCUGUGAGAAGUCCCCUAGCCCAGGUCAGACGAGUGAAAUUCCUCCGCUGUACGAGGAGCCCUACACAGCGCCACCUGCUUAUGAAGGAUCCUGA